AUACCUCAAAUGUAUCCUUCAUAUUGAGUAUUAAUUCAUAUAGUAUUUAUAUUGAAUUAUUAUAUAAUAAUAAUUUAUUAUUAUUUUAUAUUUAAGUAA